AUCGCGUCUUUGGUGCCAGCAAUAUUAUCAAGUUCUUGCAGGAACUGCCGGAAUUUCAAAGAGCAGAUGCAGUGAGCAGUAUGGUAUAUGAAGCCAAUGCAAGACUGAGGGAUCCUGUAUAUGGCUGUGCAGGAGCAAUUUGUCAUCUACAAAAGCAAGUGAAUGAGCUCCAAGUACAAUUGGCUAAGGCACAAGCUGAGAUUGUCAACAUGCAAUGUGAACAAGCUAACCUUAUGGCCCUUAUUUGCAUGGAAAUGACACAAUCUCCACAAGCAUCACCACACCAUUAUUCUUUGGGCAAUCUCACUAAUAUAACAUAUGGUAAUUCCCAAAGCAACAUGACGUUCCUUGAUGAUAACAGUUUUGGAUCUUUUUCGGAGACUCUUUGGACAUGAUUAAUUAAACACCAUCACAAGUACG